AUGAAGGGCAACGACGAGGUUAUCCAAGAAUUCAACGAGGUUGUCAACAUGACAGCUUCGGAGCUUGAGAAGUGGCUCAAGUCAGAUGACUCCAACAGCGCAGGCUGGCCUAAGGAGGACGAGAAUGGCGAGACCGUCGGACACGACAGCGGCCGUAAGAUCGUUGAGAUCCUGAAGGAGAAUCCUAAGAAGGAGCCCAGCAAGUACACCGACGAGCAAGUCCAGCACAUGCGCAAAGUCGUUUCGUACUGUAAACGCCAUCUAGCUCAGGAGACCAAGGCCAACAACGACAAGUCCCCCGAGGAGGUCAAGAAGACCAAGUCUUAUGCGUCGCUCAAGAACUGGGGUCACGAUUUCCUGAAGGCUCAGGACAAGCAGAACAGCAGUGACGAGAAGGAAGAGGAAGAAGACAAUGAUGCCGAAGAGGAGAAGGAAGAAGAAGAUGGUGACGAUGAGAAGCAGACUGGCGAGAAGCGAAGGGCAACCCGAAGCCAAACCGGCUCGAACAAGAAGCGAGAAACGGCCAAGGGAGAGUCCACAAAGUCCAACGACGAGGAAGAGGAAGAGGAUGAUGCCGAGGAAGAGGACGGCAACGAUGGUGCUGAGGAAAAGGCACAAAAGAAGCAGUCCAAUGGAAAGAAGUCCAACGGUGCUUCGAAGAAGUCCGAGGAGCAGGAAGAGGAGCAAGAAGAGGAGCAAGAAGAGGCUGACGACGACGGCGGCGACGAGUCCGGCACAAACAAAGGCCCCAAGAAGGGUGAUACUGUAAGCUGGAACUGGGGCCAAGGACAGCCAAAGGGCAAGGUUUUGGACGUUAAGGCUGAAGAUACCUCAAUCACUACUAAGAACGGCAACGAGGUUUCAAGGAAGGGUGAUGAAGAGGACCCUGCGGUUGUAUUGGAUACUGGCAAGAACAAGGCCAUCAAGAAGGCUCAUGAGUUGAACUAA